CGCACACGCUGCGACCGCUCCCGCCAUGAACGGAUCGUACUCCCUGUCGGGCGAGGAGAGCCAGGGGGGAGCCCGCCUAAAAGAGUCCUUCAAGUUCGUGUCCGAGAAAUCGACACCUCCCAGCCCCACGCACUCUGACCAAAUCCAGCCCUCCUGCAGCCUGAGCGUCAGCCAGGUGUCUUACUCUGUCAGUGAACGUGUGGGGCCAUGGUGGGACCUCCCCUCCUACAGGACAAGAUGGACUCGGAAGAUCCUCAACGAUGUGUCUUUCCACGUGGACAGUGGCCAGAUCUUGGGAAUUCUGGGAAAUUCAGGCUCGGGGAAGACCACUCUCCUGGACGUGAUCUCAGGGCGUAUAGGCAAAGCGGGCACCCUGCUGGGGGAGGUCUUUGUGAAUGGAAGGAAGCUGAAACCGGAUCAGUUCCAGGACUGUUUCUCCUACGUACUCCAGAGCGAUAACCUCCUCAGCUACCUCACCGUGGAGGAGACGCUGACCUUCACAGCACAGCUGGCCUUAAGAAGGCAUUCUGCUGAGGCAAUCCGCAAGAAGGUGGGGAUGGUGAUGGCGGAGCUCAGCCUGGGUCACGUGGCCCACAGCGUUAUUGGGGGGCGCAUCUUUCCUGGCAUCUCUGGUGGAGAGAGAAGGAGGGUGUCCAUUGCCGGCCAACUGCUCCAGGACCCCAAGGUUAUCCUGCUGGAUGAGCCAACCACAGGCCUGGACAGCAUGACAGCAAAUCAGAUUGUGGUACUGCUUGCCAAUCUGGCCAAGAGGGACCGCAUCGUUAUAGUGACUAUCCACCAACCACGUUCUGAGCUAUUCAGGGUGUUCAAUAGGAUAGCUAUCAUGAGCUGUGGUGAGCUAGUGUUCUGUGGCCAGCCUGGGGAGAUGGUGGACUUCUUCAGUGACCAGGGCUACGAGUGCCCUGACUACUGCAACCCCUUUGACAUCUAUGUGGACUUUACGUCGGUGGACACGCGCUGCAGCGAGCGAGAGGCUGCCACCUCCAGCCGGAUGCACGACAUCGCCUCAGCCUAUCGUACGUCAGGAAUCUACCGACGCAUGCUGGGCAGGAUCGAGGAGGUCUGCCAGCUCACCGACAAACCCAGCAUCCCCUUCAAGAGCAAGGAGUCCCCCAGUGGCCUGUCCAAACUGGGGGUCCUCUUCAGGAGGACCGUGAGAAACCUGUCCCGGGACCGCAUGGGGGUCCUAAUGCGCCUGUCCCAAAAUCUGAUCUACGGGCUCUUUGUGGCCUUCUUUGUGAUGAAGCUGGACAAUGACAUCACCAAGGGGGCGGUGCAGGACCGCAUCGGAAUUAUCUACCAGGCGAUGGGGGCGUCGCCUUACACCGGCAUGCUGAAUGCAGUGGCCUUGUUUCCUGCACUGAGAGCGAUCAGUGACCAGGAGAGUAAGGACGGCCUGUACCACAAAUGGCAGAUGUUCUUGGCCUAUAUUUUACACAUCCUACCCUUCAGCAUCGUCAGCGUCUUCAUCUUCACCUCCUUCCUGUACUGGACGGUGGGGAUGUACCCAGAGGUGAGCCGCUUCCUUUGCUUCACGGGGGUGAUCAUGGUCCCCCACAUAACAGGAGAGCUCCUCACUCUAGUGUUGAUGGGUGUGGUCCAGGACCCCAACAUGGUCAACACGGGGGUGGCCCUGCUCAACGUGGCUGGCAUCAUGGUGGGCUCAGGCUUUCUCAGGAGCAAUCAGCAGAUGCCCACUGUGUUCAAGAUGCUGAGCUACCUCACCUUCCAGAAGUACGGCAGUGAGCUGCUCAUCGUCACCGAGUUCCACGACCUGAACUUCACCUGUGGGACUUCGCCUGGAGCCUGCAUAAUAGGCAAUGGGGAUGACAUCAUCGAACAGGGGUACCCGGGCGCCCUGUCCCGCUACACUCUGGACUUCAUCAUGCUGUACGCCUUCCUGCCCGCGCUGGUGCUGCUUGGGGUCAUCAGCUUCAAAAUUCGGGACCACCUCACCCGUCGCUGAUCGCUUCCUCCUGUCAUGGCAGCGGGGGGGGGCGUGGGUGCAAGGGGGGGCUCAUCUGCGACUCCACCCAGCAGGAUGACUGAUAUCUAGAGGUCUAUGAGUGUGUCUGUGCGUGUGUGUGUGUGUGUGUUUGUUGGAGUGUGUGUGUGUUUGUUGGUGUGUGUGUGUGUUUGUGGCAGGAGAGUAGGUGUGGGGCUAAACUGUGACCAGACAGUGUUUACACACUGGAUAUCCAAAUACAGUAAUAAGAGGAAGUUAAUUACCUUGAUGUAUAUUUGGGAAAUUCCCGCGUAAAUAUAACCCCUCUGGUUAUAAGGGUGAGAAUUCAGUGCGUUUUUUAGAUGAAUAUGAAUGCUGAACAUGUUCAGUUAAAACAUUCCAUCUUUUGUAACCACUUAAAGAGAGAGUAAUUUAUUUUACAAUGGAUUUUUAUCAUCAAACAAUUUAUGUACAUCAAUAAAACAUUAUGUGAAUUACUCCAGGAA